AUGGAGUUCUAUUGGGACCGUUAUCACAACGUCACAAAGAGACUUUCAUCAUUGAUCGGUGUGUGGCCUUAUCAGAAUAAAAAAGAAAAGGUGUUCAGGUUGAGCGUAACGAUAUUAGCAGCGAUUGCUGUGAUCAUUCCACAGAUUAAGACUCUCACCGAUCACAUGUUCAGCGAUUGGGGAAGACUGCAGGUCCCGGAAGAAUACGAAANUAUGACCAUAUUUGUGUUAGUGUCACUCAUACCGCGCAUACUGGACAUCGUGUUACCUCUCAACGAAUCGCGUCCCAUAGUGCUGCCCUUCGAAGCGUAUUAUUUCGUCGAUGAGAGAGAAUAUUUCUUCUACAUUUUCUUCCAAGGAGCCAUAAUUGCGGAUAUAGCUAUAAUGGGUCUUAUUGUUCACGACACCAUGUUCAUGACCUUUGCCGAACAUGUGUGCGGCGUCUUCGCCGUGGCCGGAUUCCGUUUCGAGUGUUUAGUACGCGAGAAUAUCGACACAUUAGAAAUGUUUAAUAACGAUAUGUACCGUACGUAUAAUAAAAGAAUGGCGUGUAGCGUAGACGCGCAUUGGGCGGCUCUAGAAUUCGCGGAAUAUCUUGAGAACAUUUUUUCCCUAAAUUUCGGUAUAGAACUACUGUUAGUGACAAUAGUAAUGAGUAUCACCUUAUUUCAAAUUACCCUACAGUCGGACGACUUCUUAGAAGCAAUGAGGUACGCGAUCUACGCAGUCGCACAACUGGUCCACUUAUUCAUCUUUUGUUGGGAAGGCCAAAAACUGAUAGACCACAGUCUGCUAAUAUGUGACAAGAUAUAUAACAGCACUUGGUACAAAAUUCCUCUGAAGUCGCAAAGAUUGAUUCUGCACGUGCUGAAUAGGAGUCUGCGACCCAAAUCUAUUAGCGCUGGCAGGAUAUUUAUUUAUUCUCUGCAGGGAUUUACCGCGGUAAUACAAACGUCGAUGUCAUACUUUACUGUACUCACGUCCUCGGCCGUGGGCAGCCGACGAAGCGCUUGUUUGCUAGGCAUGGAGGCGUUCUCUUGGGAUCGUUAUCACGGCGUCACGAAGAGACUUUCGACAAUGGUCGGUCAGUGGCCUUAUCAGAGUAAGAGAGAAAAAAUGUUCAGGAUGAGUAUAGUGGCAGGAGCUGCGAUUGCCAUGAUCGUACCACAGAUUAAGAUUCUCGCGGAUCGCGUUUUCAUCGAUUGGAAGAGAUUGCAGAACCCAGAAGAGCGGGAAAUCAUGAAGACGUACGUCGCGAGUGCGAGAUGGAUCGUCCUUAUGUAUUCCGCGGUUUGUCUGACGGCUCUCCAGGUAUUCAUUUUAGUGUCCCUCGUACCGCAAAUACUGGACAUUGUGUUACCCCUCAACGAAUCUCGCCCUAUAGUGCUGCCUUUCGAGGCGUAUUUCUUCGUCGAUGAGAGGGAAUAUUUCUUUUACCUGUUCCUCCAUGGCCUCACGGUCGCGGAAAUAGUUAUAAUCGCUCUUAUCGCUUUCGAUUCCAUGUUCUUUACUUUCGUCGAACACGUCUGUGGCAUCUUCGCCGUGACCGGAUUUCGCCUCAUGAAUUUGGUACGCGAGGAUGUCGACGCAUUAGAAAUUGUUAAUAACAAUAUGGAUUAUACGUAUAAUAAGAGAAUGGCGUGCAGCAUGAACGUACAUUGGGCGGCUCUCGAGUAAGUAUGUAACAUUGUAUAUCGUAUAACAAGACAAAAAUCCGCGGACUGACUUAGUCUUAUUGGUUUUUAAUAACAGGAGCAAUAAGAUACGCUGUUGAAAAUUACUGUCAUUGUAAUGUCUUUAUUGCCACAGAUUCGUGGAACAU